UAAUGGAGUCUACCGUUGUGAGUACCUCUACCCUGGCACCCGAUGAGUUUGACAGGAAUGUGCCACGGAUUUGCGGCGUGUGUGGUGACAAGGCCACCGGCUUCCACUUCAACGCCAUGACCUGUGAGGGGUGCAAGGGCUUUUUCAGGCGCAGCAUGAAACGCAAAGCCUCCUUCACGUGUCCCUUUAACGGCAGUUGCACCAUCACCAAGGACAACAGGCGCCACUGCCAGGCAUGCCGGCUCAAACGCUGCGUGGACAUCGGCAUGAUGAAAGAGUUCAUUCUGACAGAUGAGGAAGUGCAGAGGAAGAAGGACCUGAUUCAGCGGAGGAAGGAUGAGGAGGCACAGCGCGAAGCAGAGAGGGAGGCACGGCGGCCCCGGCUCACUGACGAGCAGAGUCAAGUCAUUUCCACACUGGUGGAGGCGCACCACAAAACAUAUGAUGACUCCUACUCUGACUUCUGCCGUUUUAGGCCUCCUGUGCGAGAAGGCCCAGUGACGCGAAGUGCUAGCAGAGCUGCCUCACUCCAUUCCCUCUCCGAUGCCUCCUCUGACUCCUUCAGUCACUCUCCAGAGUCGGUUGACACUAAAAUGAACUUCAACAACCUGCUGAUGAUGUACCAGGAACAGGGCAGCAGCCCUGACUCCAGUGAGGAGGAAGGUUCCAGCUUUUCGAUGCUGCCCCACCUGGCUGACCUGGUCUCCUAUAGUAUUCAGAAGGUCAUCGGCUUUGCCAAGAUGAUCCCCGGUUUCCGAGAGCUGACCGCAGAAGACCAGAUUGCUUUGCUCAAGUCCAGUGCCAUUGAGGUGAUCAUGCUGCGCUCGAAUCAGAGCUUCAACCUGGAAGACAUGUCCUGGAGCUGUGGUGCACCUGACUUUAAAUACCAGAUCAGUGAUGUCACCAAAGCGGGCCACACUCUUGAGCUGUUGGAGCCACUGGUGAAGUUCCAGGUGGGCCUGAAGAAGCUCAGCCUAGAUGAGGAGGAGCACGUUCUGCUAAUGGCCAUCUGUUUGCUCUCUCCAGACCGCCCAGGUGUGCAGGAUCACACAAGGAUCGAAGCUCUUCAAGACCGACUGUCCGAGACCUUGCAGGCCUACAUCCAGCUUCACCACCCGGGAGGGCGGCUGCGGUACGCCAAGAUGAUCCAGAAGCUGGCCGACCUGCGCAGCCUCAACGAGGAGCACUCCAAACAGUACCGCUUACUGUCCUUCCAGCCGGAGCACAGCAUGCAGCUCACCCCGCUAGUGCUGGAGGUGUUCGGCAGCGAGGUCUCC